AUGUCCCUCAACAGCGUGGUGAACAACCUAGUAAGAGCAGCAGCGGGUAUAUCAUCGACCAUAUCCGAUACAGACCUCGAUGCGCACGUAGCCAAGCUAUUAGGCGAAGAGGCAAAAGCGAGGGAACUGAAAUGGUCUGAAUUGGGAUUGACCGGUUUACUGGGGAACUCGCUAGAUAGGAAUGAUUCCCCAGAUCCAUCUCUACCUAAAACCAACAAAAGAUUCUUGGCCUCGGUGAUACGUACAGUCGAUGGACAUAAUUCAGCAUUACUGAAAGCUCAGGCUCAAUCUGCCAGAGAUGCCCGGGGUGAAUCAUCACGAAGUGGAAAGGGGAUAGGAGGAAGUAGGAUGUUCGGCGGAGCACUAAGGGAUAUGAGCAGGAAUGGGAAUGGUAAAGGGAAAGAAAGGGAGAGAGAGAAGGAGAGGGACGAUCGUCAUACUAGAAGGGGAGAUGAUAGACCUAGUAGAGAUGCGCGAGGUGAUGGAGGGUCUAGGCGGUAUGAUGAAUAUGACUACGAAAGAACUUCCACGAAGCAUGGUGAGGACGACGCAAGGAGAUCCAGGGGAUACGACGAUGAUAGGGAUCUCAAUCGGCGAAGAGAUAGAUCAAGCAAUGGGCAUAAAGAUAGGUCGAGCGAUAGGUCCAGGGAGAGAGACAGAAAUAGAGAUCGUUCUAAAGAGAGCAGGCGCAAAGAUGAGAAGCGAGCUCGACAUCAUGGAUCAGAAGAUGAAUUGACUGAAGGACAAUCGCGCCGCAAAGAUCAACAAUCGAUUUCAGACAUAUCAGAUAAACCAAAUAGGCAGAGCAGAUCACCUCUGCGUACAGAGAAACCACAAGGUCCUGCAAAAGCUUCGUCACCUUCUGGUUCCCCUUCACCUGAUCCACCUUCUGCACCAAUAUCCAAGAUGGACAAGUACUUCAACUCGAGUUACGAUCCUCGACUGGACUUCGCACCUAUCCCUAAAGAGGGGAUGAUAGCUGAUGUAGGGUGGGAUAAUAUGUUGGCGGUAUUAAAGGAGAAGGGUAGGAAGAAACGCCAACAAUCACCAACAUUAUCAGACACGAUUCCCGAACCUCCCCAGGGUGUUCUUCCUUCCCGUCGACUCUCUCCUGAUCGAGAUCGAUAUGAUGAACUCAGUCGUAAGCUUGAAAAGAAAGAUAAAAAGAAACGGAAAGAAGAACGUAAAAGACGUAGGGGAUCGUCCUACGAUUCAUCAGAGGAUGAAAGAGAGAAACGGAAAGAACGGAAAAGAAAGGAGAAACAGAAAUUGAAAGAGAAAGAAAGAGAGGAUGAAGAGAAAUAUGGUGGAUUGAGGAAAGAGGGCGGAGUGGGAGUCAGUAAAAGUGGGAUUCUGGAGGGUUACGAGUAUGUUAAGAAAGGAGGAACGAGAGAAUGGGAUGUUGGGAAGGAAUGA